AUGACAUUUUUAAAUAUCAAACCCAUUGCUUGGGCAUUCUCUCUAAUAACCUUAGGGACUGAAAUGCUGAAUUCUGUCUUCAGUUUCUACUAUGUAAAGCUUUUUUUACAUCUGUACAAGGUUUCAGAAGUGGCCUUUUACCAAGCCCAGAUGAUUUUAAUGAUUUGGAAUGCUCUUAACGACCUGACGGGGUAUUUUCACAACAACUCUAAGGCAGACUGCUGUUCCAGUCGUCACAGUUCUGUUUUGUAUGGUGCCCCUUUAUAUGCAGCAGCCUUCCUGCUUCCUUGGUUCCCCUGGAAAUACUAUCAUGAAGGUGACUGGCUUAGUGGGCUUCACCUGGUGGUAUCAUUAUGCGCUUUUGACAGCACGCUUACCUUUGUUCAGCAAGCCCAGUGUAUACUGUUUGCAGAAAUUUUCACUAGAUACGAAAGUCGGCUUCAGCUUAUUAAAAUCAACCAAGUGGCGUCACUGGUAGGAUCUACCAGUAUCCUCUUCUGUAGCCUCAUCUCUGAUAACAUGGAAAUUUUGCUCAAUUUUCAGGUCAUCGCUGUUGUUGUUGCCAUUUUGGCCACUGCCAGCCUUUAUACUGGCAUGUGCCACCUGAGUCGCUUAGAACCUAAAGAAGCCCCGAGGAAAACCUUUUCUCAGAAACUGUACAGGAUCUCCCCUGGACUUCUGUCAUCUCAUUGA